AGAGCUCUGUGGCGGAAGCUAUGGUCACCAUGGUAACCCGUGUUAAGGCAAGCCUAGCAAGGCGGUAAAGGGUUAAAAGUUUGGGGGUUUCUCUUCUCGUGCUGCAGCUAGUCCUUCUUUUUGUUCAGUCACUAGUAGCACGACAACGAACUUACUGACAGCUACUCAACGGAUCUUCCUUGCGAAUUGACACAAAAGAGAGCAGCAGUCAUGGGGAAAGGAUGUAUUACCGCCACUAAGUGCUUCCUGUUCAUGUUCAACCUCUUCUUCUUUAUUUUUGGAGCUUUAUUCUUGGGAGUUGGACUAUGGGUCAUCCUGGAUAACCAGAAUUUCAACACGGUUUUGGAAGACUCCACAAUGCUGAAAGUUGGCGCCUACAUCUUGAUUGGGAUUGGAUCUGUGUGCAUGCUUACGGGCUUCCUGGGCUGCAUCGGUGCCAUCUUUGAGGUCCGCUGCCUGCUUGGACUGGUCUUCGCCUGUCUCCUCCUCAUCCUCAUUGCCCAGGUGACGGCCGGUGUCCUUAUCUACUUCAGGCGAGAUGUGCUGAAAAAUGAGAUGUCCAUUAUUGUGAACAAAAUUCUGGUGAACUACACUGGUAAUAACAAGACAUCUGAGCAAGCCUUGGACUACAUUCAGAGAACGAUGAAGUGCUGUGGUUGGACUGGACCAUCUAACUGGACCGAGAAUGUGGCGAUAAACAGUUCUCAGAUUCAAUACCCAUGUUCCUGCACAAAUGAAUCCAUCUAUGGCACAGGAAUAAAAGAAGCAGGCCUUUGUAAAACGUUUUCCCCUCAGUUGCCUGUCUUCACUAAGGGUUGUGUAUAUAGUUUGGAGGACUGGCUCAUUGGGAACUGUGGAGUUAUUCUGGGAGUCUGUGUUGGUAUAGCAGUGAUUGAGCUUUUAGGGAUGAUCCUGUCCAUGUGCCUCUGCAAGAGUGUCCAACAGGAGGAUUACACCAAAGUGCCCAAAUACUGAGAGCAACCCCCUCUUCAUCAGAAAACAGCAGUGUUACAGCCUCUCCACACCAGCAACAUCUGGAACACUGCAGACCAGACCACAUCCCAUCACCCACAUACACACAUCCGUUCUUCACUUUCUUAGCCCCUGUAAACAUCCUGUUUAGGAUCAGCAUUUUACGAUCAGGAUAGUUGUACCUUUUUCUUUUAAAGAAACUAGUGAUCUUUUCUUGUUAGUGCUCUGCAGGGUCUGAAUAGCUUUAUAUUUGUAUAGCUACAUAUACUGUACGGUGACUGUUUCAUUUAUGGUUUUCAUUGUUAGUUGAAUCUGAGAGCACUUUAGUCAAUAGCGAGUUUGAAAUGGGAAUGAGCUAUUAGCUCAUUUAUAAAUAUUUGUAUUAACGAGAGGGGAAAAUCAACACUUGUUUUUUUUUAAAUAAUUUUUAUUGUUUUAGAAUAGUGUAUUUUCAGUUUGGUUAUGUGUAUAUAAAUUCUUCAGUGAGGUUUAUAAUUACUGAAUAACUAUGUCCUAGUUAUGACAGCACUUGAUGGCUUUUCUGCAUGCAUGCGAAGUGUUAUUAUCCGGGGCUGGGUCACUCCGGGCGGAGACAGGUGCAGUGUGGGUAAAGAUGGAAUGUGUAUGUGGAUUUAGGUUGGGUGCAUAUCCCACAGAUCCAUCUGCUGUGCUGGUGUAAGUACAAAAAAACUGUUCAAGUAUGUCCCUAACAGGCAUUAGAUACAGAUCCUGCUGACUAGCUUCAGCUGUAGCCUGCAGCACCACAGCAAAAUCUUUCUGAUACUGACCCAUUUCAGCUGACCCAAAACAGGUCUGCGGGAUGAAGUUGUGCAAGGCUUUCUCAUAUCUUUGCAUUUCUUCUUUUUAAGAUUUUUGUGUCUACGGUUUUAUUAUUUUGAGUGAAGCCGAUGCAGACAAUGUCAGAUUUUGGGUUUAGUAAGCCUGGUGUUGUUCACCUCAGCAGUUGUUCUCUGGCGUUUAGUCUAGGGAUGAAAUGGCAUGACAAUUUCUUUUCACGAUUAUACUGACCAAAAUUAUCAUUAUUAUCAUGGUAUUGUUAAAAUGUGCUGGAGAUGUUCAAAAAGUACCGACACAUAACUCACUUCACCAACAAAGUCAACAAACAACAAAUAAAAUUAAUUUUUGUUUGCAUAAUCACUUAAACAAUAACAUUGCCAAUGAUGUUUGGAUUUUAAAAAUGACAACUUGAUUGACAACAGUUUAAUAGCAUGUUCAAAUAUCUAAUGUAAAUGUUCAAAUAAAGCUUUCAUAAAAAGUAAAACCUUACAUUUCAUUUUACAUAAGUGAUCAUUAUGUGAAUUUUAGCAGUUCCAUAAAUAAUUCUUGAUAACUUAUUAGAAUUGUUUAAAUGUGUAGAAUCCACAUAAGUUUUUUCUUUUCUUUUCUUCUCAUCAACAGAUUAAAAUUUACAGCACGGCAUGCAAAUUCAGUCAGUUCAGUCAGAAACUGCACACAGACUGAUUAUAAAUGUAAGUCUUUGUAAAUCCACUCUCUGACAGCAGGUGGCGCUUAUGGAAAAGCAGCUGUCAAAAUUACAGCUGUUUCACAAACUCAGCGGACAAAGCAGUAUUGCGAUUAAGAACACUUCCUCUAUUUAUUACAUAGAGCAAAGAUGGAAACAAAAUGCCAUUGAAUUCAUAUAAUUAAUUCAUUCAUAUAUUCGUUUGUAUAAUUGUGACUGUUUUCACUCAAAACGAAACUGCGUGCUGUGUGCACGCGAGAUUGUAGCCUACUGAAAACUGUGUUUUAUGCUGGGCAGUAUUUAUUUAUUGUGAGUUGUUCAAAUCGCGGUAAUUGAAUAUGGUUUCAACGAUAAUUCAAAUAUGAAAUAGUAAUACUAACCGUGGGGAAUUUUAUCAUGAUUUAUCGUCAAACCGCUAAUCGUGACAUCCCUACUCCGUGUUGGUGCUGUGGAAGUGUUAGUUCAGAACAGAGAAGAUACAGUAAGAGGAAACAAUGUCCCGGUCCCUAAGGCUAUUUCCAAACACGUUUUUUACUUUUAGACAAAUCUUUCUAGCUUGGUCUUUUAAAAUAAACUGCUAGUUGUAUUGUAAUGUGAUAGAUCUAGAAGUGAUGGAGAAAUGAAUUAUUCCUCUUUAUGAUUUUUUUUUCAUAUUUUAAGAUUUAUUAACACUUUUUCUUAAGUGUCUUAUUUUUUGUAUUCUGUCAAGAAGCUGUCUCCUAGAACUCUAGUUUACAUACUGAAAUGCAUUAUUUUUUUUCUAAUUUUAUAUUUGGAUAACUGUAUUUCUGAGGUAAAGUAACGAUGAAGGGCUUUUUGUCUACAUUCCUUAUACAAUAUUUUCUGUUAAAUUGGGAUGGCAUGUUUAUAUAGGGAGUUCUUCCCGGUGCUUUAGUACAAAACAAUGCAUAUAGAAUGGUUAUGAGCAGGAUUAAAACAAAACUUUGACACAA